AAACAACUGACAGUUCAGCUCCGUGAAAAUUCAUUGCACUUCUUUUCCAGAACAUCAGCAAAAUGUACGUGUAAGCAAUCGGUGGAGUUGAACUUUUCCAAUUUGUUUUGCUCAGGCGGUGGCCCACAACAAACAGCAUUUACAGGCUUGUGUUUCCAGUUUGUCAAAGCAUCAUUGCUUCUAUAUUGUACGAUUUGCGGGCUGCAUUGAUAAUACCGUGAGUGGGAGACGACAUCACCACUAUAAGUUUGUGAUAGCGACGGAACAUGAUAAGUGCGGAUAACGUUGAGCAGUCACUCAGACAGCUCGCACUGGAAAGUAGCUGUAAUGGUAACGGUUUCGACAGCGAGGAUAGCAAGAUCCUCAAGUGGAACCUGCCACUGAGGGAACUGUAUAAAAUGGCCUGUAGCUUCUAUAAGGAAAAGUCCGGCAAGGCUAUCCAUUUAAGUUACGAAGAUAACCUGAAGCUGGUUGCGUUCACGCAACAGGCGGCUCAUGGCCCACUGGAUGUGGCCAAAACCCCACAAUUGGGUAUGUUCGAUGUCAUCGGGAAGGAUCGUCGAAUCGCAUGGCAACACUUAGGAACUAUAACGAAACUGCAGGCUAUGGAGGGUUUCAUUGAUUUGUUGGAUCGACUGUGUCCAUUGUUCAAACCUUAUGUGGAAGCCAUCAAGAAGGAUCGGGAGGAGAAAAUUCGUCAGGCCCAAUUAGAGGAAGCUCGCCGGAGAGAACAGCAGGAGAAGGAGAAGGAGACAUUAGCCGAACUGAAGAGAAUGGAAGACGAAAGGAACAGGGAGGAAAUGCAGAGGCGCCAGUUGCAGGAUGCUUUGAACCAGCAAACGUAUCACCAGUUCAAGGACUACGCUGAGAAGCAAUUCCCUGGAAAUCCGGAACAACAAGCAGUACUCAUCAGACAAUUGCAGAACGAGCAUUAUCACCAGUAUAUGCAACAGCUGCAGGCGCAGGUCUCCAGUAACUAUUCACAAAUGAGGGCUAGUGGGGAAAGCGAGUCGGAAUUGAAUGGCAGCGGUUUUGAGUAUCCCGCUGGGCAACAUCAGGAUCAGACAAUAAGCGCCAAAGAAAAUAGCCAACUCGAGUACAAAGAGCAGUGCGAUAGUGACGAAGAGUCCGGAGAGUACGCUGUUAUAAGCCCCGCCAAUAUGUGGACCAAAUCGGACAUUAAACUGUUUAAACAAGAGGUAACAUCCGGGAAAGGAGAUGGAGUAAUUCGCGUUUGUCAUGGCGAUACCAUAACUGUUCGAGUUCCAACGCACGAAGGGGGCUCCUGCCUGUUCUGGGAGUUUGCUACUGACAAUUAUGAUAUCGGUUUUGGUGUAUACUUUGAGUGGGGCAAACCAUCGACCACAGAAGUUUCGGUACACAUUAGCGAAAGUGAUGAAGACGAGGAUACUCUUGAAGAUGAUGAUGUGGUCUGUGCGGAGGACCUUGAGUGCGGCGUUCAACAGCAGAAACAGUACAAUAGUAGCAGCAGCUCUUCGGUCAAUAGGAACCCAAUAUCUAUCAUCGUGCCCAUCUAUCGGCGCGAGUGUCAAACGGAAGUAUACGCCGGCUCUCACAGCUACCCCGGAGAGGGAACAUAUCUCCUCAAGUUCGACAAUAGCUACAGCUUGUGGCGUUCGAAAACGUUGUACUAUAAGGUGUUCUACACGCGAUAAUCAGCUGUAGUCGUGCAAAAAUCACUUGCAUUUCACGGAUUGGUUACUUUCGGCUCGUUUUCUAAGAAGACACAUAAUUUCAAGACGUACAUUUUCCUAACGUACUGUGCUGUCCACGAUCGCACAACUGUCCCGUCAAUGAUUUGUUCGAACAAAGUAGAUUAUCACGAAAGAUGUUUGUGAGCAUAAAUAGAACGUGUUCAGAUCGUAAACUGUGGAACACUUAUUUCCGAAAGGAGUUGUUUGAUAGUUUAAUAGAUUUUAACACUACUGUAUAUCGCAUAAUACAAAAAAAGGGAAUAAACGAACUGCGAUGAGA